AUGUGCCUAUCAAGAUUAUGUUGCAUACGCUUUGAGGGCUGUCGUCUUUUGGGAGCUGAAGGCACACGAAUGAUUUUUACUUACCUAAUGUGCCUCCAAACUGAAUUAUGCGACCAGGAGCAUCUUUUCAAUUCUGAUUGGACGAAACCCGAGCAGCUGUUCGAGAAUUGGCGUCCACUUAUCGAAAUGGCUAUUUGUGUCAUUGGAGCUGUCCAAUCAUGUGUUGCGAAUUGCAAUGAAAAUCGUACCCUAUUUGUUCAGCUUGGUGGCUUUACAAUUCUUCUAAAUAUUUUGGAGCCUCUAAUGCGCUGUAUAGUCACGAUUCUCGACAAAGACGACCCAGUCAUUAGGGAGUUAGUAUCAUGGCGGGGAGCAAAACCACUGCCACUGGUGCCAAUAAGAGAAAGUAUUUUCAAGGCCAAAGGUAGUGAUGAGAUUACCAUGGAGGAACAAUUGGAAAUCAGAUUGAAUGAGUACAGACUCGUCAACAGCACUCAAAAUGAGGUCAAUAUCGUCGCUUUCUUAUGUCAUUGUUGGCGAGUUAAUCAGGAGAAAGUGAAUGAAUUUUUAGAUGAAAAGAAAACUGAAGAUUGGACUCCAAUGAGCGAAACUGAGGAAGUGUUUGUUCUAGCUCACCAUAUCUUAAAUCGAAUAAAUUUUGGUGAAAAUAUGAAACUCGGGAUUGAUGAUCAGAUAACCGUAUUAGAUAUCGAAAAUUUUUUUAAAAUGAAGGAAGCAGCAAUGCUAAUUCGAGUUCAAAUGGAGCUUAAGGAAAUGAUGAUAAUUCCAAUUAGAGAAGAUAUCCAAGAAUUAGACCAUUUAAUAGAACUAUCCAAGGAGAGGUACGAGAAUGUUCUCAAAAGAAAGUUGGAUAUCAUUAACGCAGCCAUUGAUCGAGAUUCUCGCUUAGAGGAAGAAAUUUAUAUCCUGCCGAGAGAAAUCAUGAAACAACGCAAGGUUGCCUUCGAAGGUGAAUCGGAAGCAAAAUUAAGGACUAAAGAUCACAACUAUCUGCGUGUUUCUAGAGCACUUAGAGUGCACGCCAACGAGGCAUCUAAAUCCAACUUUGAUUAG